AUGACAUUCCAGGUGGAGGCGAUAUACAAAUGGAUAAACGAGGUGCACAGCAACACGCAGCUCAUCCGCCGCCUGCACUCUGACCCGACCUACCACACAAACAAGCAGGUGCAGGAUCAACUGGACGCGGCGGUGACGCGGUCGCAGGCGGCGGGGCUGAAGCUGUGCGGCGCGCUGCGGCAGCUGGAGGAGCGCGCGGUGCGCCCGGCAGGCUCGCCGGCCGCGGCCGCCCGCAUGGCACGCCUGCAGUACGCGGCCGCGCGUCGCCGGUACUCGGAUGCGCUCGAGGACCACCAGCGCCUGCUGCAGCUGCUGCGCGACGACCGCAUGCGCUUGCUCCAUGAGCAGAUCAAACUCACAAACCUCACAAUCUCGGACGAGGAGUGUGAACAUCUGCUUGACUCCAACAACCUGUCCUUGUUUGUUGACAACGUGCGCGCAGAGACGGCGGAGGCGCGGCGCAUGCUGCGGGACGCGGAGGCGCGGCGCGACGAGCUGGCGCGCGUGGAGUCGGCGCUGCAGGACGUGCGCGACCUCUUCCUGCAGCUCUCGCACCUCGUCGCGCAGCAGCAAGACCAGAUCGACAGCGUGGAGUACUUCGCACUGCAGGCCACCGAGCACGUUGAGUGCGGCGGCCAGGAACUUCUAAAGGGCACUGUCAGCCGCCGAAAAGCUAAAAAGAAGAAACUUGGUCUGAUCAUCUGUUUGGCGUCGGGAUUCCUCAUAGUUCUAUUCGUGCUGAUCUACACGUAG